CUCCGCACCCGCUCCCCGCUCGGGCCGAGGCGCCGCGGCCGCGCGCCCCUCCUGGAGGAGGAGGAGGAAGGAGGCGGGAGGAGGAGUUGCCGAGAAGAGAAGGCGAGCGCGGCAGUCGCGCCGGCGCUGGGCGAGGAAGCGGAGCCGGGCCGCCUCCGGAAAAUGGCUCCAAAGGUUAAAUGAAGCAGGAAAAAAACAUAGAUGCAGCCUUGCAGCCUCUCCAGAUGUUUGGCGAUAAUAUUCCAGAUAGAAAUAUUGAUCCCUUGGAUUAGGUAACUAGUCAUAAUGAAGAAAAUCAGUCUUAAAACCUUACGGAAAUCUUUUAACUUGAAUAAAAGUAAAGAAGAAACUGAUUUCAUGGUAGUACAACAACCAUCGCUAGCCAGUGACUUUGGAAAAGAUGAUUCCUUAUUUGGUAGCUGCUACGGUAAAGAUAUGGCCAGCUGCGAUAUCAACGGUGAAGAUGAAAAAGGUGGAAAAAACAGAUCAAAAAGCGAGAGCCUGAUGGGUACGCUAAAAAGGCGGCUUUCUGCAAAGCAGAAGUCAAAAGGCAAGGCGGGCACACCCUCUGGGAGCUCUGCCGAUGAGGACACCUUCUCCUCCUCCUCAGCACCCAUAGUCUUUAAAGAUGUGAGAGCUCAGAGGCCGAUAAGGUCCACCUCACUCCGCAGCCAUCACUACAGUCCCACGCCGUGGCCUCUGCGGCCCACAAACUCCGAGGAGACCUGCAUCAAGAUGGAGGUGAGAGUCAAGGCCUUGGUUCACUCUUCCAGCCCGAGUCCAGCCCUGAAUGGCGUCCGGAAGGAUUUCCACGACCUCCAGUCUGAGACCGCGUGCCAAGAGCAAGCCAAUUCACUGAAGAGCUCGGCUUCGCAUAACGGGGACCUGCAUCUUCACCUGGAUGAACAUGUGCCUGUCGUUAUUGGACUUAUGCCUCAGGACUACAUUCAGUAUACUGUGCCUUUAGAUGAGGGGAUGUAUCCUUUGGAAGGAUCACGGAGCUAUUGUCUGGACAGCUCUUCUCCCAUGGAAGUCUCUGCGGUUCCUCCUCAAGUGGGAGGGCGCUCUUUCCCCGAAGAUGAGAGUCAGGUAGACCAGGACCUAGUUGUCGCCCCAGAGAUCUUUGUGGAUCAGUCCGUGAAUGGCUUGUUGAUUGGCACCACGGGAGUCAUGUUGCAGAGCCCAAGAGCGGGUCACGAUGAUGUCCCUCCACUCUCACCGUUGCUACCUCCAAUGCAGAAUAAUCAAAUCCAAAGGAACUUCAGUGGACUCACUGGCACAGAAGCCCACGUGGCUGAAAGUAUGCGCUGUCAUUUGAAUUUUGAUCCGAACUCUGCUCCUGGGGUUGCAAGAGUUUAUGACUCAGUGCAAAGUAGUGGUUCCAUGGUUGUGACAAGCCUUACAGAGGAGCUGAAAAAACUUGCAAAGCAAGGAUGGUACUGGGGACCAAUCACACGUUGGGAGGCAGAAGGGAAGCUAGCAAACGUGCCAGAUGGUUCUUUUCUUGUUCGGGACAGUUCUGACGACCGUUACCUUUUAAGCUUGAGCUUUCGCUCCCAUGGUAAAACACUUCACACUAGAAUUGAGCACUCAAAUGGUAGGUUUAGCUUUUAUGAACAGCCAGAUGUGGAAGGACAUACAUCCAUAGUUGAUCUAAUUGAGCAUUCAAUCAGGGACUCUGAAAAUGGAGCUUUUUGUUAUUCAAGGUCUCGGCUGCCUGGAUCUGCAACUUACCCCGUCAGACUGACCAACCCAGUGUCCCGGUUCAUGCAGGUGCGCUCCUUGCAGUACCUGUGUCGUUUUGUUAUACGUCAGUAUACCAGAAUAGACUUAAUUCAGAAACUGCCUUUGCCAAACAAAAUGAAGGAUUAUUUACAGGAGAAGCACUACUGAAAGAUUGAGAACCCUGCAUCUUGCACUUUGGGAAUAAGAACAAGAGAUUGAAAUACAGUUUACAAACUUUCAUUGCCAUCAAAAUCUUUUGCUGCCAUAACUAUUUCAGUUUUAUGUGUAAAAGAGUCAUCAGUUUGUUUAGGGGUGGGGAAGUGUCAGCAAGGUGUCUUGGGUUUAUUUCAGUUGUUUAAAAAGGGAAGUCUUGAGGUUUUAGAGGUGUGAAUUAUGUUUCAUCAAUGUGCAGAAUAAUCACAAUGUGAAUUAUCAGAUUCUCCUCAAUGCCCCUCCUGCCCAGUCCUUUGCUGCUAUCCACUGUGAUUUUUAUGCAUUAAAAGCACAUUUCAUGUGUAUUCAACCCUAAGUAAAGUUGAAUGAAACUUACAGAAUGGAAAUUGCUAUGUCUUUUCAAAUGGCCCAUUUUCAAAAGAUAGCGUUGAAUAAACAUACCUGUGUGGUAAAACACAGAAUUUACGUAUACACUGAAGAUGAGUUUUUAAUCUCUUACUUUAAAAAGACUUAUUUAGAAUCGUGAAUUGACCUAAUCUUGGGUAAUGGAAUGGAGAUCUGCAACAUAUCUUUUAACAACACCUUUUUCUAAAUUAUUUCUAAGGUUGUGCUAAUUCUUUUGGUCGUGAAAAGUUGAAUUUUUCUGUUGCCUUCAUUUUCAUCUUCUAGUUUGUCUAUUUUAAUAAAUGGCCUUACAUUAAAAAAUUGUAAAGAAAUGUAUACCACCAAUUUAGAAAUUGUUGCCUUUUCUAUAAUUAAACUCGGGUACAAAUUGGCAUAACAUGAAAACCUAUGGAACUAGAAUUAUUAUUAAAGAAAUAUUAGAUGAUCAUAGCUUCCUGUGAUAGCAUUUUUUUGUGUGUUACCUAUACUUUUGGUAAAAUGUUUUAUCUGUGGUUUCUUUAGCUUAGUCAACAUUUUCUUGGGUGAACUUGAUUGUCAACUAAUUUUCAUAAAUGGACUGGAUUCUCUUGCAACAUUAAUGUUUAUAAAAAGUUUUAAAUUGAUUUGAAUAGAAAGAAAACAUUGUUUUAAAGUUGGAUUUAUAUUUUUCUUCUACGUGGUUACUAUAAAAGUGUGCUGGAUUUGACCAAUCCUUACCCCCACUAUAAAGAGAACUCUUGAUGACUUUAGUUUAAAAAUUGUGGAAAUUGUGGAGCAGUUUUUCUCACAACGUGAGAAAAAUUCUAAACCAUAUUAGAUAAUGUGGAAGUCAUACUGUCUAUCAUAUGUACUGCCAUUUAAAAAUAGAUUUUUAAAAUUUAGCUAAGUCUUAAGUAAUUUGCCGUCGCUAAUAAUUUUAUCUCCUUGAGUUGGUUGUUGGGGAGGGAUGUUAUAUUCAAUAAUUUUUAGUUAUUUUGAAAUGCAGAGUGUUUAUUCAUUUCACAGUUCUGCAAUGGAUGUAGUAUUUUGGGAUUGCCCUGUCCAGAAAAUUUUCAGCUACACACCUUUAAAGGAAAAUGCUUCUGUCUCAGAUGAAACAUGUAAUUUGGGAUGGUUCUUCCUUUGUCACUUAAAGGAAGAGAUAAUAGGAAAAGUCUCUUACCCACUUUAAACAUGAGGGUAAAGGUUUAGGUCAAACUUACUGGCUUUGUCAUUCAAGCAUAUCUGAAUCCUCACUUUUUUCUCUUUGUUUUUUAGGGUCAGAACUGAGAUAUUACCAAGAAAAGGCACAAUGCCAUAAUAUGGUGUUAUGGUAUUUUGACUUAAAGGGGAAAAGGUACUUAAUUUUGGUGGGAUGUUGAUUGUACCUUGUUACAAAGACUCUCAUUUUCUCAUAUUUUUUCUCCUAAUAAGAUGGAAUAUGGAGUAUACUGUAAUAAUAUAAUUUAAGUGUUCAUUAUAAGCUAUUUGGAUUAAGAACUAUUACAGAGUUGUAAGCUUGUUAUCAAAUUAAUGCAAGACAUUUAAACUAUUUUUUUGCAAAACUAUUUAUUUUUAAAACAACUUAAAGUAUAUCUAGGGUGAGUUAAAGUCCCUGUGCAUCUAUAUUAGAUGGCAGGUUUCGUCACAGAGUCACUGUGUACUAAUAAUAAAUGUUGAAAUGGCUUCUCCGUGUCUCCAGAAGCAUUUACAUGUCCUCCUUGUGAGAUCAUGGUGCACAGAGGUCUUUGGACUGCCCUGAACCUGUCUGAUGUGGACAUAACCUAUUCCCUUCGUUUUCUCAUCAUGCCAUGUGUUUAAGAUCUACCUGCUUAGUGUCAAGAUUAUUCAGAUUUUCAUCUAAAUGUUUUUAAAGUUGUAUUUUGUGUUUUAGUGGAGGACAGUCUUGAUACUGUUCUAAUUCAGAAAGCCAAAUUUUGAUGCGCUUUUGUAUAUUCAUAAUAUAUACUUUAAUAUGCCCUAUUCUAAUCUAGUUUGAAAUUGUUAGAUUCUGAUAGUAUAAUGAUAAAGUCAAACUAUUUGCCAAAAAGUUAAAUUUACAAGCAGAAAGAUGUUUUGCGAUAUUUUCUACUUUUGUGUAGAAAGAUAACCAUUUGGGGUAGGCAGCACAACAGAAUGUGAAAGAUUGGCUUUAUAUGUUACUAACACAGUCCAGUUAAAAGUGGAAACAGGGAAAAGAGAGAGAGAAAACUCAUCAUUUAGUUUGGUCUAGACACAAUUUGGUUAAAUUUCAGGAUUCUAUUGGCAGUUAACAUAGAUGACAUGGACACAGCCUGUGACUGCUUUUUAAAUACGUGCUUCUAAAAAUCUGAGCUCAAAGCAAGAAAAAGAAAACAGGAAAGCUGUAUCCAUUUGCCAUAAUAGAUGAAUCAGAAUUGUUUUCUAUUAAAUAUUUCAUCACGAAAUAUGAUGGAGGCCAGAAGCUAUUUUUAGGCUUACUAUAACACUAUUAUGCAUUUUUAUAAAUAAUAAGAAGGCUGUAGAAAGUACUUGAAAAAUGUCUAAUUCUUUCUCUUUCUGUCUAAGGAAAACUCUUUCUACUUGGUGCAAUAAUCUGAAAAUUUAGAAGGUCAAAAUAUGUCACAGGAAAUGAUCAUAGAACUAAAAAUAGUUUUUAAGGAAACCAGCUACAUGGGGCAACCAACCAUCUUGCUGUUGAAGAAAACAAAGUUCCAAAAGGCUAAAUCAUUGGCAUAAAGGAAACAAAACCCAAAGUUUACGCUGUAAUUUUUGAGCCAGUAUUACUGAAACAGGAUAAAAGUUACUAAAAUCUAACAUAGGUUAAUGCAAUGUCUCUGCUAGUGCUACAAGUCUAAAAUAUCUUUGUAACAAUGCUUUCAGAAAUGCCAGUUUUAAUUACUGAUUGUAUAUGAGAGAUACUGCUUUAUGAAUGAAUCGGAAUAAUACAUUUUCAUUUAAAUCUUAAUUGCUUUUCAUCAAAUGCGAAGUCUUAAUUUCAAAAUGAAAUCACACUACCAGCAAUAGACAGUUUUCUUGAAAACUCUAAUAAGGAACAAUAGCCAGUUCCAUAAAUAACUUUAAAAUUCUAAAAGUGUUGGUACACUAGCAAUCACAAAUAUGGUUUCUUUUAAUACUUUUUUAAUCCUGUAAAGAAGGUUUUUUAUAAACAUUCUUUUUAUUAAUCAGUCAUAACAUGGCGAAGUGUGUAGUUGCUGUUUCUGAAAAGUGAUCCAAACUCUACAUCCAGAGAUUAUGAAAAAUUCUUAUAGAAUUUUGUAAUAAGCAUAUACAUGUUGGGUUAAAGAAAUUUCAUAGUUGUUGGAGUGCCAUGAAAUUAAUACUUGCAAUUCAGAUUGCGAUAGUUUACACUUUUUCUGUAUGUUUCAAAUCAGGUGUGUACCAUUUGUACUGAGAACACCACAGAAUGAAUUAUCCAAAGUCCAUUGAUUUUAAUACGUGUUUUGGUUUGUAAACAAAUUAUAGUAAUUUCUUGCACAUUUUUGGAAAUUAAUUGUAUAAGAAUUUAUGUAUCUGCUUCUAGAUACAGUGUGUAAAUAAAAAAUUUCGUUCACAAGA